AUUGUGUAGAUGAUCGAAAUCUUACAUUAGAGAGGGUAUAAGUGAGUGCUGUGUAUUAUAAAUGGAAGUACAGGUUGAUUUUGUAUUUAGUUAUUUACUAAGAAGCGAUUAUUUUAAAUUAUACUUUAAAAUCAACAUUUUAAACAUCUUCUCUGCUAGAAUUGAAUCAUUAGGUCACAUUUUUAUAUGCUUUCGAAGCUCUUAUAGGUUCAAUGUAUACUCACAAAUCAAGUUACAGAUUCAGCUCUGAGCUGUUUAGUGUAUAAAUUUGGUCAGUCGAAGGGGAAAGCCCACAUGAACAGAAUGCAACGCUAACAAGUAAGUAAUGUUUUCGACCCAAGACAGUAGGUGGAAAAACAUCGACGGUCAAAAAUUAUUUCAGAAUUAUUUAAGAAAAGUGAAGGCCAGAGGUAAAUCAUAAACUGUGCACGGAAGACGCAUUUCCUUGUUCCGUGAUAUUUUCCGUCCAGGUCGGAAAUAUCAUUUAAUUUUAUAAUUUUGUGCUGAUAUUGUUUGAGUUCAAUACAAAAAUUCAGUUUUCUGUUGAAAAGAUAAAAAUACUGCAAAACCACCGAUACAAACUAAUAUGAAGUAACAUAGUUAUAUUUCAGGUUAUUAUGUCAGGUUACAAAAUUUUUAUAUGACUGAUUCCGGUUCAAGAUGGCGAUGGGUAGUUUUAAUCGCUUGCUUCGUAUCAGCGAUAUGUAUUUCAAUAUUUUACUAUGCCUUUGGAACAUUUGUAUUGUAUUGGAUAGACGAAUUUUCAGCAACAACUGCUUCUGUAGCGGCCGUUUCAAGUGCGGGACCAGCGAUUGCUUCAAUUGCAAGUCCCUUCGGUUGUUUUUGUGUUGAAAAAUUGGGAUAUAGAUGGACUCAUGUCAUUGGAGGAAUCAUGAUGAUGACGGCAUUUGCAACUUCCUCGUUUGCACAAACAUUAUCUCAAUUAUUUUUUACGUAUAGCAUUUUAGGAGGUCUGGGAUUUUGUUUCUGUCUUACUUCAUAUAUCAACGCUGUUAUUGAACAUUUCCUUGACGAAAAAGCUCUUGCAUUUGGCUUGAUAUCAAGCGCAUUUGGAAUAGCAAGCUUUGUAUUUCCAUUGUAUUUUGAAGCACUAAUUGAACCAUAUUCGUGGAGAGGGGUUAUGUUAAUAACUUCAGGUUUCUUCGGCAACAUGAUUGUUAGUGGUCUACUCCUCUAUCCCGUUGAUGCAUCCCCACCACUACCUUCUUUCUCAUGUAGGAAGCAAAAGCAAAUUGAUACAAGAACGAGUCCGUCAUCACUGAUCUUAGAAGACAGCAAUAUUUAUAAGGACGGCCUACAAACAUCAAUAACAAGUAUCCUUCUUGCCAACGAAAGCAGGUCAACAUCGAUAGAUGCCACAAGACGUAAACAAACCGACGAUAUCCUCAACAAUGACCAAUCACAGGCAAUAAAGAAUAAUAAAAACGAUUGUAGUGACUUGCCACGCGUCGAUAAAAAAUUAUCAUAUUUUCAAGUAACUAAAAUAUUGGCAAGCAGUUGGUCGUUUUAUCUAGUGGUUAUCCAUAAUACAGUAUUGUAUAUGGGCAUUUUCAUUGUUCUCAGUUUGACAACAGCAAGAGCAUCGUACGAUUUAAAUUUAACAGAAGAGCAAGCUGCUCAAAUAGUUUCAACGUUUGGAAUCAACGCAAUAUUUCGUAUAUUGUAUGGUCUACUAUCGAGAUGGAAGGUUGUUAAAACAUACAAUGUGUAUUUCUCAUGCUUCAGCCUUGCUGGAGUUUUAACUUUACUUUCCGUAUUUGCCAAAUCAUUCACCAUGCAAAUUGUUUACGGUCUCUGUUGGGGUGCUAUGCUUGCAGGAUUGACUCACUAUCCAGUUGUGGUGUAUGAAAUUUUUGGAUCUGAAUUUUUUAAUAUUGCGUUCGGCUAUCUUGAAGUUAUGCAUGGAAUCGGUGUUAUCACGGGUACAAUCAUUGGAGGAAUACUCUUUGAUGUAACAGGUUCCAGCGUAUCGACUUUCAUUUUUGCCGGACUAUCCUUACUUGUUGGAUCAUUUAUUCUGCCCAUUGGAUUAUGGUUAACUGGACAAAUCAAACUGUUGGAUUUUUAGUUGGCACAAUUCAUUGAACCUCGAAUCUAACAGAAGUGUAGAGAUGUUCAGGAAAUGUCAAACACGAAUGUAAUGUCAAAUGUGUGAAUGAUCAUGGAAUUCGUCUAAUCAUUUUACUAUGAUCAUUUACAUAAGGAUUUUUAAAAAGUGACUGAAAUAAAACAAGUUUUGCUCUAAUCUUAAA